AUGGCUAGACGCUACCCGGUUCCGCGAUAUUGGAGGGCAUACCCGCCCACCGCCAGAGGAGCCCAACCACCCGCUCGUUACGUAUUGGUGCAGCAAGCAUCCCCCGCCUCCGAGUCGUCCGGGCGUGAGAAAGGCAAGGACGAAAAUGAUGGCGAGGAGCCUCAUGGCUGGAAGGGCACCUUCUGGAGGCUCGUAGAGGGCAGCGCGACCGCUUUCGGCUCCGUUGCCGUCCUUGGACUGGCCGGAUACUCGUACCAUGCCUACUACAAGGAUCUCGUCCUUCGGAAGAUGGACAACGCCUUCGGCGUUGGCUUCUCCACGCCGGAACUGACUGCCAUGGGCCGGCACGUCGCGCCCCACAAGCUGCAAUCCGCCGACGACCUGACGGGCUUCGAGGGCGAGAACGAAUGGAUCCCGAGAAAGGAACAGGAGCUCAUUGACGGUAUAAUCGACGGCAGCGUCCGGGGCCAGUAUCACCUGAUCACGGGCGAAAAGGGCACUGGCAAGACAUCAAUGAUCCUCAAGGCCAUGCGGAGGAUCAAUGGUGUCGGCAUUGCCAUGCUCGAGGCCCACGGCGACCUCGAGGUGUUCCGCCUCCGCCUCGGGAAAGCGCUGGAUUUCGAGUUCCACGAGGAUUACAUCGGGAGCCUGUUCAACUUCAAGGGGCCUCGCGACACGACGGCCAUCCUCGACAUCGAGAGAGCCUUUAACAAGAUGGAGAAGGUGGCGUUGCUGCGGCAAAGGCAUAUCCGGAAGCCGCUGAUUCUCAUCAUCAACCGCAUCCACGUCCUGCGAGACGACGAGGACGGGCGCAACCUGCUCGAUCUCAUCCAGCAGCGUGCCGAGAUGUGGGCGGCGAGCCGGCUCGUCACCGUGGUCUUCACCAGCGACGACCACAGCACGACCGAGCACUUGAAGUGGCAGGCCACGCGAAUGGCCGUGACCGACGUCCACGACGUCACUCGGCGACCGGCCAUCGAGGCCUUGCGGGAGUUCCGCCAGAAAGUGUUCCACGAAGACGUAGCCGACGACGUGCUGGAGCGCGUCUACAAGAGGGUCGGCGGGCGCGUCAGGUUCCUCGACCACGUGGCCCGGUCCAAAGACAUGCUGGCGACGUGCGACUUCAUCUGCCAGAGGGAGAAGCGCUGGCUGCUGGGCCAGUGCUGGAUCCUGGGCGGGGACAUGGACCCGGAGGCCGAGGACCAGCAGGACUACUCGACGACGGCGUUCCUGCUAGCCAAGGCGCUCAUCGAGAAGGAGAAGGACAUGUCGCGGGAGGAGAGGCUCGACGGCAAGCUCCCGGAGAUACCGCUGCACGAGGCGAGGCAGCUCAUGACGCGGGCGGACUUCAUCCAGAAACACGACCACUUCAACAUCUUCUCGAUCGACUCCAACUCGAUGGUCCGGGCUGACUCAGUGCCGAUGCACAACGCAUUCCGGGAGAUUUGCUCGCAGGAAGGCUUCGACGAGCUGCUCGAGGCCACGCUGGAGCGGCUCGACGAGCUCGAAGGCUUGCAGAGGACGCGAGAGAUAGUGCUGAAGGACCUCGCGAACGGCGGCGAGUUUCAGGCAGUGCUUCGCCGGGUCAAAGGGGAGGGAGAGCCGGUGACCGUCACCGUGAAGGCUGGGUCGGCUCGGGAGGAGCAGUAG